AUGGAUCGCCCAGAAGUUAUCGAGCCGCCGCAGAAGCGGCAAAAGACCGAAGAUGUGUCUUCAGCUGAUGCCAUCGUUGAGGUGCUGCCCAAAACCGAGAUUGUAGAGGAUGCGCAGGCUGCAAAGGAACGGGGAGUCGGCAUCACGGAGCUGGUCACCGGGAACAUCGAUGGAUUCUCCGGCACCUUGAAGAAGAGAUACACUGACUUCCUGGUCAAUGAGAUUACACCCUCCGGCCAAGUCCUUCAUCUCCGAAACCCAUCCGUCCCCGAGGCUUUGAGCGAGAAGAAGAACGAGACACAGCAGCCUGAAACACAAGAGCCCACACCUGUCGCGAAGGAAGAGACAUCUGAUGCGGAGUUCAAGGUCUCGGAAGAGGACAAGGUCUUGCUCUGUGAAUGUCUUGGCGAACAAAAUGCUGUAGACACAAUUGACAUCCAUGCGCGCGCCAUGGCCGACCGCAAAGCCAGACCAACUGAAUUCGGAAAGGUCACCCUUCAGGUUACCGACCGUGACCAGCGCACCAAGAUCCACAUGGCGAUUAGGCGUAUAUUCAAGUCGCAGUUGGAGUCUACUACCGAUAACGAGGGCAACCUUGCCAUAAUGCCCGCUGCCAAUCGCUUCAAGCGCAACGCUCAGCAGCAGAGCGGACGCGGUGGUGGCCGCUCCGGUGGUGGCCGGGUGAGCUGGGAUGAGCUGGGUGGUCAAUAUCUUCAUUUUACGAUAUACAAAGAGAACAAGGAUACCAUGGAGGUGAUCUCAUUCUUGGCCCGUCAGAUGAAGAUGAACGCCAAAUUGUUCCAGUUUGCCGGUACUAAAGAUCGUCGUGGUGUAACCGUGCAGCGCGCCUGUGUUGUUCGCGUUCACGCCCACCGACUUGCCAAGCUGAACGCCACCCUUCGCAAUGCUCGUCUGGGCGAUUUCGAGUACCGCAAGCACGGUCUGGAGCUUGGGGAUCUUUACGGAAAUGAGUUUGUUAUCACACUGCGUGACUGCCAAGUUCCCGGCGUUAGCCUUCAAGACCCCCAAGCUGCUGUCGCAAAGGCCACUGAGAUCGUCGGAUCCUCGUUGAAGAACCUCCACGACCGUGGUUACUUCAACUACUAUGGUCUGCAGCGAUUCGGAACUUUCUCGACUCGCACCGACACAGUUGGUGUGAAGAUUCUUCAAGAUGAUCUCGAGGGCGCCUGUAAUGCCAUUCUGCACUACCCCCCUCACGUUCUCGCCGCAGCACAGGAAGGCGAAGCCUCAACCGCUCUCAUUAGCACUGAUGACAAGUCCCGUGCCAAGGCAAUCCACAUUUUCAAGACUACAGGCAACAUCAACGACGCUUUGAACGAGCUCCCGCGGAAGUUCUCUGCAGAGGCCAGUAUCAUUCGUCAACAGGGUUACGGAAAUAAUGAUUAUCUCGGAGCUCUGCAGGCUAUUCCACGGAACCUGCGACUCAUGUACGUACAUGCGUACCAGUCCCUCGUGUGGAACUAUGCUGCUAGUGAGCGUUGGCGUCUCUACGGCGACAAAGUGGUUGAGGGUGAUCUCGUUAUUGUGCAGGAGCACCGAGACAAGGAACAGGGCGCAUCUGAAAACAACGAUACCAUUGAUGCCGAUGGAGAGAUCAUCGUGGUUCCGCAGGGUGGUGACAGUGCCAACUCUACGGACGACAUGUUCACACGGGCGCGCGCUCUGACAGCCGAGGAGGUUGCGAGCGGCAAGUACUCUCUCUUUGACAUUGUUCUUCCUCUUCCUGGAUUCGAUGUCAUCUACCCCCCAAUAAGAUGA